AUGCUUGAGGCCAUUUCCAAACUUCCUGGUAUUGCAAAGAUAAUUGAUCAAGCAAAGGCUGUUACUAUCUUUGUAUAUGCUCAUCAUACAACACUGUCCAUGAUGAGAACAUAUACAAAGAAAGGAGAUAUCGUGAGACCAGGAGCAACAAGAUUUGCAACUUGCUUUUUGACUUUGCAAAGCCUAUACGAGAAGAAGGCACAACUGAUGAGCAUGUUCGGCAGCGAUGAAUGGCAUGACUGUAAGCACUCAAAGUGUGUGAAGGGUAAAAGUACGUUUGAUACAAUUAUGAGUCAUGGCUUUUGGAGUAGUGUGACGGUUGUGUUGAGGAUCUUCAGUCCUUUAGUGAAGGUUCUAAGGCUGGCUGAUGGAGAGAAAGUACCUUCUCUUGGAUUCAUUUAUGGUGAGAUUGUCGAAGCUAAGAAGUCUAUCAAGGAAACUUCAAAUCAUGUGGAGAAAAACUACCUACCUAUCUUUCGGAUCAUUGAUGAGAAAAUGAAAGAUAGGUUAGAUUGUCCUUUGCAUGUUGCUGCCUACUUCCUCAAUCCUUAUUAUUUCUACAAAGAUCCAGAAAUUCUAAGUGAUUUUAAGAUCAUGGAUGGAUUCAUAGCUUGUGCUGAGACUUUCUAUCAUGGCGACUUUGAGAAACAAGAUAAAGUUGUGAAUCACGAGAUCAAUUUUUACAAGAACAAAAGUGGCUCAUUUGGCAGACCUUUAGCACUGAAAGGAUGUGAGAUUAAGAAUGACAAAUUUGAUCCAGGGAAUUGGUGGUCCACAUACGGAUGUGGUACACCAACUCUUCAAAAGAUGGCUACAAGGAUCCUUGCUUUGACGUCAAGCUCUUCCGGAUGUGAAAGAAACUGGAGCUGCUUUGAAGGGAUUCACACAAAAAAAAGAAACAGGCUGGAUGUCAAUCGCUUAAAUAGCUUAGUCUAUGUGCAAUUCAACGCAAAGAUGUUUAAGAAGCAGAAAAAAAUCAGAGAGCAAAAUGCUGAUGUGAUAUUCGAUGAUGGUAAUGAAGAUACAGUGGAAGAAUGGCUUGUAGGCCGUGUAGAAGAGAUGGAUAGUGAUCUUAAUUUGCUGCUUGUAACCCAAGCUCCAAGGGUAAGAGAUCUAUAUGAUGAUGACUUUGAGUCUGAAGAUGAUGAAGAAUAUGUUGUGGACAUGGAGUUUGAACCGGAUAUAUAUCAGCAUGUUCCUCUCUUCCAUGACUCACAAUCUAAUUAG